UUCGUGACCAAAACUAACAUCACCAUCAUCUUCAGCUACACUUUGUGUUUGGUGUUAAUAAGGAAAAAUUAGCAUUCUAAUGCACUAAACUAGGCUGGCGAACUAAUAAACAUUUUGGCAGCUAAAUAAUCAGCAUGUCAACAUUGUGAUUGUGUCAGCACGUAGACCUGUGCAUGCUGAUGCUAGAAAUAAGCUCCAAUCACUGCUGUGCCCAAGUACAGCCUCACAGUUGCUACCAUGGCAUUUGUAGGUCACUGAGUGUAUCUGACAUAAUUAUGUCAUGUCAUGGCAAGGCAUGACUCACAAUCUGAUGUCAGAAACUCCUGACAGAUACCAACUGACUUGUUAUUAGACUGUCAAAACAAUACAGGUGAGUAGAGAGACACACCUUAAGAGGGACAUGUCACCACGUACUCACUACACCUCUGUAUACUUCAUGUUGUUUGUGUAUGUGAGUGCAUAUGUGAGGGACUGUGCCACAUCUCCGUAUUUACAUAUGUUUGUAUUCAUGCUGAGCUAUGGCCAUGUGGGUGUAUGUUUGGGUAAAAUUUGAGAGUCAAAGAAGCACUAGAAAGGAGCUAAAGACACAAAAAGGGGCAAGGUGGUGUGCUUUAUGUCCAGAGGGCUUAAAAAGUUUGCAGUGGGAGGAUGUGUAGGAGGAGGCACAGUGACAGAGAGAGGAGGGUUCAGGUUUCAGGUUACCAGGUAUACUUAAGUUUUGUUUUGUUUUGUCAGCAGGGCUUGGUCAUUAAAAAACACCUCUCUCUCAAUCUGAAUCGGAGCGUAGGACUACACACCAGCACUCUUUAUUCCUGCCUUAGGGUUUCAAAGCGGGGCAAGUCAGGCACCCUUCAAGCCAGAUUUAGUUACACUGCUGUAGAAAGAAAAGGGGAGGGGGCGAGCGAGAGAAUAGAGAAAGAAACUGAAUCAAACCAGGUUUUAAAGCCACUGGAGCAGGAGGAGUGAGGGACAGAGGACGAAGGACAUCCAGGGGACAGUGAGUUACUGGGGAGUCCCACCUCCAGGGAGGGAGGGCAGUGUUUACUCUGCAAUCCGUGUCGGCGCAUCUUGGUUUUACAAAAAAAAAGAAAACUACAUCAUGUGGACGACAACCCAGGUGCCUGAAGAAAGCACUAGACCUUUGAAUCCCAGGCCUGCAGUGGUUCCACGGCCAGGCCGCCACAGAAAGCCCAUGACGGCUCCAAAGAGUCAGAAAGACAAGGCGGCUAAGAGGAAGAGAAUUUUGCUGACUGUUCUCACAGUUGUGGUUGUACUGGGAAUACUGGUCACUGCAGGAUACUUCAUUAAGGAGCUGAUUCAGAGCAAAUAUUUCUUCUGCAAGAAUUCGUUCAAGUUCAUCCCAAUAGACCAAGCCUGUGACGGGAAACAUGACUGUUCUGAAGGAGAAGAUGAAAUUACAUGUGUGUCAAGCUUUACAGCCAACACAACCUUUCCAGUGCGUCUCAUGACAGUGCGGCAGGUCCUGCAGGUUUACAGUCCUGGCUCAGGUUGGCGCAGCGUUUGUAGCGAGGACUGGACGGAGAAGCACACCCAGACGGCGUGUAAACAACUGGGCUACACAUCUAAACCUAGUAGCAGCAGUGUCCGAGUGGACACUUUGAUAACUUCACUGAAAACUGGGCCAUUCACAGCUAUCAGGCCUGGGACUACCAACACACCCAUACAUCAGGCUACCAUUGACCGCAGUGUGUGCAGAUCCGGAUCUGUGGUAACUCUGUCCUGUUCAGACUGUGGAGUGGUGGGCUCUCAGGGCCGUAUUGUCGGGGGUACAGGCGCCGUCAUUGAGGACUGGCCCUGGCAGGUUAGCCUGCAGCAGGGAGGCCAACACACAUGUGGAGGCUCACUGGUGUCACCACGCUGGGUUGUCACUGCAGCCCACUGCUUUGCUGGCAGUAAAAAGGAGCUGGGUCGCUGGAGGGUGGUGUCAGGCCGGACGUAUAUGGGCACACUGGGAGGUUCCUAUGUGGACAGGGUCAUACUGAAUGGAAAAUAUGACCAAGCACGAAAUGACUACGACAUUGCAAUGAUGAGACUCUACAGCCCAAUCACAGUGGCAGAGUACCGCAAACCAGUUUGUCUACCUACUAAAGCCUUUGGCCUUCCUGCCGCCGCCUCCAUGAUUGUGACUGGCUGGGGAUACCUGGAGGAAAACGGUAAAGUUUCUCCUUCCCUUCAGAAGGCUUCGAUUCCUCUAAUAGACCGGGCUAAGUGUUCCAGUCCGUCAGUAUAUGGUGGUUCCAUCACCCCAAGGAUGAUCUGUGCUGGUUUCCUGGAGGGGAAAGUGGAUGCCUGCCAGGGGGACAGUGGGGGCCCUUUGGUCUACUUCACCUCCGCUCAGUGGCAUCUGGUUGGAGUGGUGAGCUGGGGCGUGGGCUGUGCCCGGGAGAGGAGGCCAGGCGUCUACUGCAACGUUGAAGAGAUGUUAAACUGGAUUCAUACAGUCAUGGAGGUACAGACAGAAAGAAUGCUAAAUAUACACUACUGGUCAAAAGUUUUAGAACACACCAACUUUUCCAUAAUUUAAUUGAAAAUGAUGCAGUUUAAUGUCUCAGUGUACUCUGAAAUUAAUGCACAUUUGCAACAUUUAAAAUUCUUUAUUGAGCAUGAUAGUGUUUUGAAAGUAAAAAAAAAAAUUCAAAAUCACAUUUUAUGUUGGACUAAGGACUAAAAAAGACACAAAAUGACCAAAAAAAGACACAAAAUGACUAAAAAAAGACACCAAAAGACACAAAAUGACAAAAAAAGACACAAAAUGACUAAAAAAAGACACCAAAAGACACAAAAUGACCAAAAAAAGACACAAAAUGACUUAAAAAAUGGACAAAAUAGCCCAAGACUCCAUAGAGUUAAGUUGUUAACCCACUUCUUGUUCCCUGAAAAAGGCCUAUUUGUAAAAUUCUGAAAUGUACAUUAUUUUUCAGUUUUGGUUAAGCUUACCUUUUUUUAUUUACCUCUGGCAGUUCACCACUUACCUUUGUACCCUUUCAAGCUGUUCAUUUGACUUGAACUGCUUGAAUUUCAACAAAAAACUGGAAAAAUUGGGGUGUUCUAAAACUUUUGACCGGUAGUAUAUGUUAGUAAGGUCCACUUACUAGCUUUUUAUGUAGCUUUAUAUAUACAGGAUAUACAGGAGUAUAUAUACACAUAUACAGGAUAUAACCACCUCUUUGUCUGAUGGCUUACAGUACAACACAGAACCCACAUAUCCGCCAAAAAGUAAUUUGAAUACAUGGGGGAGUAUGCAUACUUCCUUUUUGGAGACUACCUAUCUCCUUAGUAGUGCACCAACUACCGCUACACAGCUGCAUCACAUAAAGAAACACCACAACUCCAGACAUUGUGAGCUUGUGAUGGUAACCUAGGUACUUUUCUGAUUAAAGUGGGAGCACCGCACACAGUCUUGUAAGGUUUAUUUGAGGCACAAGAUUGGGCCUAAAAUAUAAUACAGACACAGGUGGCAAUUCACAUGAAAUAUGAUGACUUGAUUACCAGCGAUGUGAUUAUCCUGUGGCUUGUUAGUUUUGAGUAAUAAAAACAUGGUUUGCAACCAAGCAUUCCUGUUUGGCAUCAUAUAAAAAACACAUGAUGAAACUCUGGACUUUUGAUCCAGCAAAAAGGUGUUGAAACAAAAAUGAAAAAAAAAAACACGAGAAAAAACAAUAGA